AUGGAUACCAAUGGCCAAGUCACAGAUGCCCCUCCGGCUGAGGCUCCUACAGCCGAGAAGGAUGUCGACGAGGUUACCGAGAUGUUCAAGGGUCUCUCAAAAAAGAAGAAGCCCUCCAAGAAGUCUAAGACCACCGAAGCUGGCGAUGACGACGAAGCCCCCGCCGCCGCCGACGGCGAGUUCGAUCCCUCUGCGCUGAAGAAGAAAAAGAAGGGCAGCAGCAAGUCUAAGAAGGCCGACCCCAACGACUUCGACGCCAAGCUCGCUGAGGCUGGUAUUGCUGAGGAGGCUGGCGAGGAUCAGCCCGAGGAGCUCCCCGAGGGCGACCUUGAGGCCGGCACCGGUAUCUGGGCUCACGACGCCACACAACCCAUCCCCUACUCGCUCCUCGUCUCCCGCUUCUUCUCCCUCAUCGAGAGCCACCACCCCGACCUUCUGUCCAGCGGCGCCAAGUCCUACAAGAUUCCCCCGCCCCAGUGCCUGCGUGAAGGUAACCGUCGUACCAUUUUCGCCAACAUUGCCGAUAUCUGCAAGCGCAUGAAGCGAAGCGAGGAGCACUGCACCCAAUUCCUCUUCGCCGAACUCGGUACGUCAGGCAGUGUCGACGGUAGCCGUCGCCUGGUCAUCAAGGGAAGAUUCCAACAGAAGGGUAUCGAAUCGGUUCUGCGUCGCUAUAUUGUGGAGUACGUCACAUGCAAGACGUGCCGCAGCCCCGACACCGAGCUCAACAAGGGAGAGAACCGUCUGUAUUUCGUUACUUGCAACUCCUGCGGAUCCCGUCGUUCCGUCGCCGCCAUCAAGACCGGUUUCCGGUCCCAGAUCGGCCGCAGAAAGCGUGUGGGCUAA